AUGAAGAAAUUUUAUGGCGGUGACCCAUCUCAUGACGAGAUGAUUCGCGAGCAGAUCAAUGAGAUUGAAGCAACUAUGGAAUACGAGAAGCAGCAUGAAGCUGCUUGGAUGAGUCUCAUUCAACCGCGAUCUAAUCUUCGUCGGUUGAUCCAAGCGAUUUUGACAAUGGUAUUUUUCCAGAUAACUGGGUCAAAUACACUCGUCUACUUUUUCCCUGUUAUCCUUGGUUCAUCAGGAAUCACCUCUACCAAGACCAUCUUCGUCGUGAUGGCUUGUCUUACGGGUGUCAUUUUCUUCUGUGUCAUUACUGGUGGUUGGCUGAGCGACAAGAUGGGCCGCAAGAAGCUUCUGGUCGUCGGCACAGUCCUUAUGGAUGUCGCCUUGAUCGCACUGGCCGUACUAUCGUACUUUUCCGAAACCCGUCAGUCCACUGCAUAUGGCUAUGGUAGCAUCGCGGUCGUGCUCGUCUUCCAGCUGGCCUCCUAUAACUCGUGGAUGAUUCUUAAUUACUCAAUGUCAUUGGAGAUAUUGAACUACGCUUUUAACUUCAUCGGCAUUUACACAAUUCCUAUCGCCUUAGAAAAAAUCAGUUGGAAAUACUACAUCUUGUUGGCCUCUUGGAAUGUGGUCAUAAUUAUGGUGGUGAUAUUCUUUUUCAAGGAAACCGGUGGCAAGAAAUUGGAGGAGGUCGAUGCUGUCAUCGACGGCGAGAGCUUGGACAGAGAUGCCAGCCUUGACCUGCAAGUCACGGUCGUGAAGACCGACAAAGAUAAAGAAUAA